UCUUUGCCAAUGCCAUUCUUUCGUUGCUGUAUUUACUUUUACUGUAUUGUGUUGAUUUGAGGAAUAAUCAUUCUUGGUUGAUAAAUGAUAAAUAAACCAGCAAGUAUGAUAAUGUAAUUUGUUGUUACAUUUUAUUUUUCAAGUGUUUUGAAGUUGAAAACUCUAUUAUUUGUGUAAAGUGAUCAAAUCUUAAGUACUAACAGGUCCGCAACAUUACGCCUGCUUCACUGGGUUUGAAAGAAAGCUGAUAAAACGUCCGGUUAAGUCUCACAGUGUUUUUGAUAACUCAUAUUGGCCUGCAAAGAUUUUGUUUAAGUUAACCCUUUUAGCUUAAUAUGUCUAGAAAUGAAACAAGAAUUUAUGUUGGUAAUUUGCCUCCCGAUAUUAGGACCAAAGACAUUGAAGAUUUGUUUUACAAGUUUGGUAAGGUUAUGUUUGUUGAUUUAAAAAACCGCAGGGGACCACCAUUUGCAUUUGUUGAAUUUGACGAUGCACGGGAUGCAGAGGAUGCUGUUCAAGCUAGAGAUGGGUAUGAUUACGAUGGCUACAGACUUCGAGUGGAGUUUCCUCGAGGUAAUGGGCCAAGUGGAUUCCGAGGUCGAAGUGGAGGUUCAUCAUCAAGAGGAAGAGGUCCUCCUGCAAGGCGUUCCCAAUAUAGAGUACUCGUCACUGGAUUACCUCCAUCAGGAAGUUGGCAGGAUCUGAAGGAUCAUAUGCGAGAAGCUGGAGAUGUAUGCUUUGCUGAUGUUUACAAAGAUGGAACUGGUGUCGUUGAAUUCUUGCGAUACGAAGAUAUGAAAUAUGCAUUCAAGAAACUCGAUGAUUCCAGGUUUCGAUCUCAUGAGGGUGAAACUUCGUACAUCAGAGUAAAAGAAGAUUAUUCUGAGAGCGGUGGUGGAGGUGGAAGUGGAGGAUAUGAAAAAGCUGAAAGAGGAGGUAGUCAUAAUAAAGGUAGGUCAAGAAGCAGAAGUUACUCCCCCAGGAAUAGAGGCUCACCUACUUACUCUCCAGUGAGACGUUACUCUCGUUCUAGAUCACGAUCUUAAGCAUUCAAGAAUCAAUCAUCACCAGCUUAACAAGGUUUCCAACAUUUUUUUUGACAACUCAAUUUCUGUGGUCCCUUGUGUGUUUUAAUAGUUUUAGUGUAGGUACCUUAAAACUUUAAUACUGAUUGACGAAAAUAGACUGGUAACCUAAGCUUUCCAUUUGGUGAUGAAAAUGAUUCUUGUACAAUGAAUUUUUAAUCAUAAUGUAUUUUUCAAUCAUGUUUCCUGAAUAAAAUUUUUUUAACAGUUUUAAAGGUAUUUUGUAAAGAUUAUGUUUUAUUAAUUAAAGUUAUUCCUCAUA